AUGUGCGCCCAUUUCCCAACACAUUUGGAACAUGUCAAUCCCCAGAAAAUAGCAGCACAAUGGAGAGCGGUUGCCAAUCGAGAUGCCUCGGUCAACAGUUUCGUCUAUGCAGUCCGCACGACUGGCAUUUACUGUCGACCAUCAUGCCCGGCGCGCUUAGCGCGACGGGCCAACGUUGACUUCUUCAACUCUCCAACGCUGGCAGAAGCUGCAGGAUUCCGACCCUGCAAGCGUUGUCGCCCCAAUGAUCAGAUGGGAGACCCCCAGGUACGACUUGUUCAAGCUGCUUGUGAUUCCAUUGCCGCUGCCGUCUCCUCAGGUGGCAAAGUUAAGCUAGAAGAGCUGGCAGAGGCAGCAAAUUUCACACCAAGUCACUUCCACCGGGUGUUCAAGAAAAUUACCGGAGUUACUCCUGGUCAAUAUGCCAAAGAGCAACACCAACAGGGUUUCAAUGGAGGGGAGUCGAAUGGGAACUUGGAGCAUGAUAGAGUACCUGGGGCACCUGAUGAAGAUCGCUUUUUCAAUGAAUUAAUCGAUUGGGAUGCGAAUGCCUGA